AACGUGUCUUAAUUAAGAAACGAAAUUAGACGACUCUUAGGGACACGUGUAGGCGCAUGAACCAGUUGACCCCUCUCUCUCCUUCUCUCGUCUUCCUCUUUGAAUUUUGGCUCUCGUCUCUUCGAUUUUCACCGGAGAAGACGACCGUACGACCUGAUGAUUCACCGAUUGUUUAUCAGAGUAGAGAUUGCUAAAAGCUAUGACUUUGGGAGGUUGGGAUCAGAGGUUCACACAAGCAGCUUCUUCUCAAUCAGAUGAUUCUGCUUCCCAUUUGGUUCAUAUCAGUGGUAGCGUAUAUGGGUCUCAUUUACCUUGGCCUAAUGUUUGUAUUCAAAGCCGUGAUACGCAGGGGAGUAGUGGAGGAGGAAGAGAUGCAUAAAGGAGCUGGAGUGAGAGAAGAAGAUGUGAAGAGGAUGUUCAGAGUCAUAAUGCCUUACCUCAACGAGUCUCUGCUUCAACUCAGAGCCCUUUUCUCUGGCGAUCCUUCUACCACACUCAAGGUUAUUCAGACAAAACAGGCACCAACUUCAAUGGGUCCACCUAGAAAGUAAGCCACUAAAUCUGCUGACGUGUUGGCUAAUCAACAUAUGUCGUCUAUAGGUUGUGACAGGACCGUGAAACAAAAGGAUUUUAACGCGUUUGAAGGUGAAUGAAGGACGACGCUCUGUCUCUACCUCUAAAUUCUAAUUGGCUGUGAUAUCAGCUUACAACUUCGCUUUGUCACGUAUAUCAAAAAAUCAAAUACACUAGUUAUUUUCGGAUGGAUUUCGUUGACCAGUUACAUACUAUAUGUUACAACUUUCAACAUUACGAAAGAUUUUUUCUUUCUAUUUUUUUUGGAUGAAUAGAUUUUCUAGUAUGUUUUAAGCAAAACUAGUUGUUUAUUAAUAGUCCAUGGAUUUAAUUCUAUGAACAAACUUUACCUACAAUAUAUAGUUCAGAAAAAGUCGAUGAGUGGUGAGGAUAAUGAGCUAAUAAUAUACAUUAUCUUUUCGCUUUUCCAGCAAGGAAAAAAGAUAAUGAGCAUUAGAUGGAAACCAUUCCCCAGUUUCCAAAAUGUCGAAAGAAUCUAAUGAAGUAUAUCCAUAAGAUUUGCUACCUUUGACAUUUUCGAACGUAAUAGUACCUCCUAGUCCAUCAAUAAUUAUGCGAAAAAUGUAGGCAAAACUAGCUUGACCUCGUUCACUAACUUGUGUCGACGUUCAAGUACAACGCAUGUGCGAGAGAGAGAAAAAAAAGAAGAUUAAAUAAAUAUUUUUAUUUAUUCUUUUAGAACAAUGAAAAGC